CCCGGCCUGUCGUUUUGGACACAGCCAUUUUCUCUUUUGUUCCGCUGAAGUACCUUUAAAAAAAUGUCGAGAAAACGGUCCGAGAGCAACAAACUGAAGGCCUCGGUGGAGCAGCAGUUGGCGGCAGCUGCCAAAGAGAUCUUCCGACUGCUGCAGGAGCGCGGCCGGGCAGAGCCGGAGGAGCUGCGGGGGCUGGUGAUGGAGAGACUCGCUGCGGCCGUGGAGCUCAUCUUCAAGGCGUUUGAAGCGAACAAAGCGGCCCAGGAAGGGUCGCGGCAGCCCCGUGAGUGUCCAAGGGCGGAUCGUGGAGAGCGAAGGAGAGAUCUGGGACUUUCGCUUGGUGUUAUGAGUCUUUCUGCAGAUGACCCAGUGACAGAAGCACUGCCUGGCUCUUCCAAACCGAAGCGCAGAGCUUCCUGUCUGGAUGAUACAACAGGAGAGGAGGACAAGAACGAUGUGGCUGAGGCCACAUCUCACUGCUGCAGAGUGUGUGGCAAGUCUUUUGACGGUAAAGGCUCUUUAAUCAAACACGUGGAGAAACACACGAAGGAGGCUGAGUGUCUGUGCGGCGUGUGCGGCGAACGUUUCGACUCCAGCGACGAUCUGAGGCGGCAUUUUCAAAUUCAUCGUGAGAGCAGCAGAACCUGCGACUUCUGUGGCAAAAAGUUCCCCUCAAUUCGAGCGCAGGAGACCCACACGAGGCUGCACACAGGGGAAAAACCCUUUAGCUGCCACGUUUGUGGCAAAGGCUUCAGCCAGAAGGGGAACAUGGUGACUCACCAGCWGACCCACCAGGAUGAGAAGACGUUUACGUGCUCCGUCUGCUCCAAAGAGUUCAGCCACAGCAACUCAYUGGAGGAACAUAUGAAGAACCAUGAUGGACAGAUGCCGUUUAGCUGCAAAGUCUGCAAAAAAGGCUUUCCGACAAGCCCAGAACUGAGGCGGCACACCCGGAGCCACGAGUCCAACAAACAGCCGACUGRGAGAAGCAAACGUAGAAAACCAAGCCUGGAUCCUUCUCACUCCUGCAAGGUUUGCGGGAGUGCUUUUCACAAUAAAGGCAGCUUGUUGCGGCACACAGAGACACAYUUAAAUGAUUCGGACUUCCUUUGUGGCGUCUGCGGAGAGCARUCCACGUCAUCAGAGAGCAUGCAGCUCCACAUCCAGAGUCACAGAGAGACCAGCAGGAUCUGUGAAAUCUGUGGUGUCAACUUCAGGGACAUGGAGAUCCACAUGAGGACACAUACAGGCCUGAAACCCUUCAGAUGCAAAGAAUGCGGGAAGGAAUUUCCCAGGAAAAGCUCUUUGGAGAGACACGAGAAGCAGCACGCCGAUGAGAGGCCAUACAUCUGCGAGUUCUGCGGGAAAACGUUUUCUGAAAACGCCGUCCUGAAAAGGCACAUCAAGAACCACACGGGAGACAAGCUCCGGAUUUAUUCCUGUGACGUCUGCGACAAGAAGUUCACCAUGAGCCAACAUCUGGACGUGCACAAAAGGAUCCACACAGGGGAGAAGCCGUUCACCUGCAAGGUCUGCAACAAGAGCUUCAGGCAGAUUGGCAACCUGGACUCCCACAUGAGGAUUCACACGGGCGAGAAGCCRUUCAUCUGCAGCCUCUGCGGGAAGCGGUUUCGCCAGAAGAUCUCGCUGGAGACGCACGAGAGGUUCCACAAGAAAGACAAAACCUUCAUCUGCAGUCUCUGCAACAAAGGCUUUGUCCAGAAGAUCGACCUGAAGAGGCACAUGAUGACGCACACCGGCGAAAAACCRUUCAGCUGCCGUUUGUGCGAAAAGUCCUACCAAGACAGACGCUCGCUGGACUCCCACAUGAAGGUSCACGGAAGGGAACAGGCCGCCAAARACGCUGCUGAGACGGCGAAGCAACAAGAAGAAAUUCAACCCGACUUCAUCCAGCUAAACAAAAGCAGCAAAAUGUGCGGCGUUCAGCUGCUAAGGGUGUCAGUUCAAGAGCAGAUUAUUGCCGCCAUUGACGACGUUGUACAGCAGCUGGAAAACGGAGAAAAAGAGGACGCUAAGUUCCGGACAUUGAGAGCUGUUCUCAGCGAGAGGCUGGCAGCGGCAGCGGAGGAAAUCGUCGCCCUGUUUAAGAAAACUGUGCAGGAUUUUGAGAACAGACUGCAGCGAUCAGAGCAGGAGAUCUGCCGCCAGAGGAAUCUGCUCGACGUGGUACUAACCCCGCAAGUGAAGCUUCAAAGAGCAGACAAAUCACAGGUUUUUGCACGCAAAAGAGCCGCAUCACCCGCAGCAAGCGAUUCAUCCGCUGACAGUACGAUUUCCGGUCAGUUUCAGAAUAAAAGUCGCGGCGAGCUCAGUGAAGUGAUUGACCGUGAAAAGGAGGCUGCAGACGGAGAUUCUCUUCAGGAUGUAACUCUGAACGUCUCAAAUGACCAAGUUCCAGUCGACCCAGUGGACCUGGAUCAGUCCAUCUCUGAAAGUGAUGUUUCCUACUCGCCCUCACCGUCUUACCACCUUAUUCUGAAUACAAGCAGCGAUGAAGAUCUUGAUGAGGACUGGAGUGAGCCGAGUCCGACUUUUAAACCUGCAGGAAAAAAGAAAAGAGGUCGGCCUCUCGGCUCUUUUGGGAAAAAGAAGAGAGAGCUGCUGGAGCUCGAGUCUUUAGGCGUCGUAAAACCAAAACGAAAGCGUGCAAAACCAACUCAGAGCUUCAGCUGCCAUGUGUGUGGUCGCCUUUGUCCAGGGAAAGGCUUCUUGCUCCAACAUGCACUGAGGAUGUGUUAUAGCAACACGGACUGUCGCUGCGGCUACUGUGGCGACCUUUUAGAGUCUGCUGACAGCCUGAUGGAUCACCUGCAGGCUCACCAGAAGACCAGCAAAACCUGCUCCUUCUGUGGGAAGACCUUCUCCUCCAUCCUGGCACAGGAGCUCCACAUGCGCCUGCACACCGGCGAAAAGCCGUUCAGCUGCCACGAGUGUGGCAAAAAGUUCAGUCAGAAGAGCUACCUGACGUCCCACCUGCAGGUCCACGCGUCAGAGAAGCCUUUCAAAUGUAAAGAGUGUCCCCGUGCGUUCUGUCACACGACUUCGUUGGAGCGCCACACGAAGGAGCACGCUGAAACUGGCGUCCACACGUGCAGCGUUUGCAACCAGGAGUUCGGUGAACGGAAGAGCCUACGGAAACACAUGGCAACGCAUCAGGAAGAUGACGCUCCCAAAGUGAAAAAAGCACCGUCACACUUCUGCAGGAUUUGCGGGAAAGCUUUCGAACGGAAGAUCCUUUUAAUUAAGCACGGCAGGAUUCACGCUCAAGACCCAAACUCCUGCUGCGCGGUUUGCGGGGAUCAGUACGACUCCACCAACAGCCUCGCCACUCACCUGAAGUCGCACACUUGUAUCGGCACCACCUGUGAAACCUGCGGGAAACAUUUCCCCGGUCAGUCGGCGCUGCUGAUGCACCUGAGGAUCCAUACCGGAGAGAGACCCUUCACCUGCAGCUACUGCCGGAAGUCCUUUAACCAGAUCGGCAACUUGAAGACGCACCUGAAGAUCCACACGGGCGAGCGGGCGUUCUCCUGCAGCAUCUGCGGCAAGAACUUCACCCAGAAAGGCACCCUGGACACYCACAUCCGCUUCCACAACAAGGAGAGGCGCUUCCUGUGCCAGGUCUGCGGGAAGGGCUUCAUGCAGAGCGAGGAUCUGAGGAGACACAUCCUGAUUCACACCGGAGAGAARCCCUACGUCUGCAAGGUCUGUGGAAAGAGCUUCCAGGCCAGACGGUCUCUGAAUGGACACGUGAAAACGCACACAGCCCAGGGGGCGAACGCCGGACCGGAGCAGAGUGACGCCAGAGGCUUGGAGGAUGGACGGCUUCUUUUCAGGAUCCCUCCAGUUGUAAACCAGGAUCAGAUUUCUGCCCCGAUUGGAGAUUCCAGCUGGUCUUCUGUGUUCAGUUCCUCAGAAUGUAUUGAGUUGAUGACUUUCACCUUCAUUUUAGAUUCUGUCACCACUUCAGAUCUCAAGACGACCAGUGGUGAUAAAAAUGUGUUGGACUCCAAUCACCUCCCAUCGAGUUCACCCAGCUUCGCCUCGUCAGACGUUGCCGCGGCUGAGAGUGAUGAGGAGUGGAGGGGCAGUAACGUCUCUUCAGGUUAUAGUGAAACUGACGGAGCAGGUGAAGGAGAUCAAACAGCCUCAUCUGAACAGUCAGAAAAUCAGCGCUGUAUAAUCUGUGAAAAAACUUUCCGUCACAAAGGUCAUCUGGUAAAACAYGUGAGGACACACUCAGACUCCCCAGAACACCUCUGUGGAGUCUGUGRACAGCGUCUCGAGUCUUCAAAAGGCUUGUCAGAUCACCUUAGAUCACACCGAGACAACCUCAGCACAAGAGGGACCUGCGAGAUCUGCGGGAAGUCGUUCCAGAACGUGGAGACGCAUAAAAGGAGCCACACCGGAGUGAGACCGUUCAGCUGUGAUGUCUGCGGGAAGGGCUUCCCACGAGACGGGGCGUUGAGGCGGCACAGAAAGAUCCACAGCAGAAAGAAGCAUGACACCUGUCAGACCUGUGGACAGGUGUUCACUGAAAACCAUCUGCUUCAGGAGCACCUGAGGAGACAUGAAGACGAGGCGCUGAAAGAGAAGACAAACACCGAAUCAACCCUCAGUGAGAGGUCCUCCUCUUUCUGCUGCAAAGUCUGUGGUGAGUUGUUCUGCAGUCUAAGCUUUUUGAGAAAACACGCAGAGACGCACUGCAUCGACUCGAAGCACGUCUGUGGAGUUUGUGGCGAGCACCUCGAAUCUUCAGAAGGCUUGUCAGAUCACCUUAGCUCACACAGGGACAACCUCAGCACAAGAGGGACCUGCGAGAUCUGCGGGAUGACGUUUCAGAACAUGGAGACGCACAAACGGAGCCACACCGGCGUCAAACCGUUCAGCUGUGGCGUCUGUGGAAAGAGCUUCCCGCGGCAUGGAGCGCUAAGGAGGCACAAGAAGAUCCACAUCAGAAACAUGCCUGACACUCGUAAACCUGAACACCAGCUGAAGAUACACGACAGUAAAAAAGGAGAGCAGAGCGAGGGGAGUGAUGAGGAUAGGAUGCAGAAACAGAAUCCAAAUGCUGACUCAACCCUCGGUGAAAAGUCCUCUUUCUGCUGCAAAGUCUGUGGUGAUUUCUUCUACAGUCUAGGCUUUUUGGGAAAGCACGCAAAGACCCACUGCAACGACUCGAAAAACACGUGUGGCAUUUGUGGAGAGCAGCUCGACUCGCCUGACGGUCUGCAGAACCACCUGCAGAGUCACAAAGAGACUCGUGGAACGUGUAACAUCUGUGGGAAGAGCUUCCAGAACAUGGAGACUCACAUGCGGCUCCACACUGGGUUGAAACCGUACCGCUGUACGGUUUGCGGCAAACGCUUCCCCCGAUCUGGAGCGCUCAGGCAACACAGGAGGAUCCACAGUAAGGCCUUCCUGCAGGGCAGCACUCUGAGGACUYGCAUGAGGAGUGACUCCGUGGAGAUUUCUGACAGCAACGACAGGGAGUCUCCAUCAGAGUGUUCGAGCCUGGAACCGGAGGCACAAAACAUCAGGACUCAGGCGUCAUCCUGUUGUAAAGUCUGCGAGGAGACUUUUCAAACUAAAGCCAGUCUGAUGAAACAUGUGAAGGUCCACUCGUCGGCUUCGGCCUGUGGAAUCUGUGGGGAAAAUCUGCUGCCGUCUGAGACGCUGACUGACCAUUUGCAGACGCACAAAGAAACGGGUAACAUUUGCCACAUCUGUGGCAAAAACUACCAGAACGUUGAGACCCACAUGCGAAGUCACACCGGCGUCAAACCGUAUCACUGUAGCAUCUGUGGGAAAUCUUUCCCGCGGCCCGGCGCUCUGCGGCGCCACAAGAAAACGCACAGCGGGGAGCGUCCGUACAUCUGCGAGAUCUGCGGGAAGACGUUCACAGACGGCUGCACUCUGACGACGCACAUCAAGAACCACGCCGGAGACAAACCCGUCAACCGCGUCUCCUGCGAGACCUGCGGGAAGAGUUUAGCCUCGGCCCACGUCCUGGAGGUCCACAAGAGGAUCCACACGGGCGAGAAGCCGUUCCUCUGCCGCGUCUGUGGGAAAUCCUUCAGGCAGCUGGCCGGGCUCAACGCUCACAUGCUGACGCACACGGGUGAGAAGCCCUUCAGCUGCAGCCUCUGCAGCAAGAGCUUCAGCACCAAAGGAUACCUGCAGACCCACAUCCGCUUCCACAGGAAGGAGCGGGCCUUCAGCUGCCACCUGUGCUGGAAGGCCUUCGUCACCAACACUGACCUGAAGAAACACCUGCUGACGCACACCGGGGAGAAACCCUACAGCUGCCAAAUAUGCGGCAAAAGCUACCAGGAGAAACGCUCCAGAGAAGUUCACAUGAAGGUACACCAGGUGGUCCACAGUAACAAGGAGCCAAUCAGGAAGCAGGACAGUCUGCAGCCUGACUUCAUCCAACUGUAGAACCUCAGAACAGAUUUUGUUUAGUUUUAAGUCAGAGAAAACAUCAUUUAAAGGAACAGUGUGUAAAAGCUCCCGACCACCAUGUCUGUAGCAGCUUUAGAAAUAGUGAUAUUUCAAGUGGUAAGAUGAAUUUCAUUAGAAAUUUAGGAAAUAUGAUAUGUAAAAUUAUCAUAGCUGCGAUGACAGAGGCCAGUUUGUCAUCACAAUAUGACGGUUUUUGAUUUGGCUAACCUUUUGUUUGUCCUUUCCGAGCUACUGUAGAAACAUGGUGGUGCAAAAUGGCGGCCUCAACCAGUGUCGACCCCAUGCCCUUUAGAUAUAAACAGCUWAUUCUAAGGUGAAAAUAAUCCGACUUCUUAGUUUUUAAUGUGUUUUUAAUCGUUUUUAUUAGUGAUUAUCUUAAAUUCUGCUAAAAGAUACACCUAAAUGUUUCACACUGUUCCUUUUUAAAGAAACAAACAAAAAAAAAGUUCUGAUCUAGAAGGAAAAAACAACUUGAAAGCAAAUUAAUUUAUAUAUAUAUUAGAACUUUUUGACUGAAACAAAGUUUUAUUUUUCAUAGGUUUUAUCUUACAUUUGAUAAUUUACAGAGGUGUAAGUUUGUUUCUCAAUGCAGAGUCUCAGAUAUUUCAAAUUAAUCAGAAAUUAACUUGAAGGAAAAUCUGAAGUCAUUUAAAGUCUAUUGAAUUAUUUUGGGGUUYUAUUUUGUUAAAAUAUUUGAACUUUUUGGGAUAUUAGUUUUAUGUAAAACUUUAAUUUGGUUCAUUUAAGUAAAUGAUUUUUUAAAAUGUUUUUCUGUCCUAUAGUGGAGUUCAGCUGUGAACCUUUUCAUCCUAAUUAUCGGUAACGUUUCUUUUAGUUUGAAGUAUUAAUUUUUGUAGUUACUUAAUGCAUUUUUUUUACUUGCUUUAGGAUCUUAAAGAGCUGGUGUGUAACAACAUCUCAGUUUGUGUUGAUUUAAAACAGGUUUCUGAGGCUGAAACUGUCAAAUUCCACCAGAUGUCACUGUUGGGUCAAAGCAUGAAUUAAAGUGGAAACCAGAGGAAUUGAAUCAAACUUUAACUAAAAAAUCAUUGUAUUUCAAGUAGAUGUAUCUUUACUUCUGAACACCUGUUUCUGUCAGUUUCUUCUAUUUUAGGAGUCACAUCAAUAAAUCAUUUCUGACUUUUUGCA